GUUCGCGGCAAUUUUAGUUCCUAAAGGUUUAAGACAGUUACUCUCACCUCUUGACGGGAAUUUCUUUACCGGAGUCUCGCCCGGGAGCGUCGAAAAGUUUCAUCAUGGCGGGAGGGAAGAUGAAGAAAGAUAAGCCUCAGCGAGGCUCAUCAUCCGCUGCCUCAAAUCCUCACUUCCAGGGAGGGAUAUCGUUCCACAAGUCGAAGGGUCAGCACAUUCUGAAAAAUCCUCUACUGGUUGAUUCUAUUGUCCAAAAAUCCGGAAUUAAAUCUACCGAUGUUAUCCUCGAAAUUGGUCCUGGUACCGGUAAUCUUACAAAGAAGCUUCUAGAAGCCGGAAAGUCUGUUAUUGCUGUUGAACUUGAUCCUCGUAUGGUUCUCGAGUUGCAACGAAGGUUUCAGGGAACUCCUUUAUCCAAUCGACUGAAGGUUAUACAAGGGGAUGUUCUUAAGUGUGAUCUCCCUUACUUCGAUAUUUGUGUAGCUAACAUCCCAUAUCAAAUAUCAUCUCCUCUCACCUUCAAAUUAUUGGCUCAUAGGCCUUUAUUCAGAGCUGCAGUAAUAAUGUUCCAGAGAGAAUUUGCUAUGAGACUUGUUGCUCAACCUGGUGACACUCUUUAUUGCCGCCUUUCUGUGAACACACAGCUGUUGGCCCGAGUAUCACACUUAUUGAAGGUGGGAAAGAAUAAUUUCAGGCCACCACCAAAGGUUGAUUCUUCUGUAGUUAGAAUUGAACCUAGGGGACCACUUACUCCUGUCAAUUUUAAGGAGUGGGAUGGUUUGGUCAGGAUCUGUUUCAACCGGAAAAACAAAACUAUAGGUUCUAUUUUUAGACAAAAAUCCGUGCUCAACAUACUGGAAAAGAACUAUAGAACUUUGCAAGCUUUACAGUUCUCUGAGAAAGCUCCUUCGAAUGAUAUGGAAAUGGCUUUGGAUGUAUCUACCUUGGGAGAGUCAUUUGGAGACUUGAGUAUGGAUGCUGAUGAUGGAAAUGAUGACGAUGACAUUGAGAUGGAUGAUGGUGAUACGAAAAGAGCAGAAUUCAAAGAGAGAGUUUUGGCAGUGCUGAAGGAAGGAAAUUUUGAGGAAAAGAGAUCCUCCAAGCUCGCUCAAGCAGAUUUCAUGCAUCUACUUUCUCUCUUUAACAAGGCUGGAAUUCAUUUUUCUUGAUUCAUGGGGCAGUUAGCCAUACAACCUUAUCAUCAUAUUUGUGGUUUUUCUCCUCAUGGAGAUCCAAUUUUGUUUUGCCCAUAGUGAUUCAAGUCUUGAAAUUUGUAGAUAAUUUGCACUUGGCUUCUCACAAUAUGAUGGAUUUGAAUGAGAUUAGAAGAUUUUCUUAUGGUAUGCUUGUAGUAGCCUGCACUUUGGG